CCGCCUCGCGCCGGGACCGGGAGCGCCGCGGAGAGCGCCGACUGUGGAGAGAGCGCUGCGCACGGGCUACCCAAUGCAUGGACUAUCUGCCGCCGCUGCUCGUGCAAUAUGCUGGAGCUCCAGAACAGCUAAACGGAGUCGCCACACCGCUGCCUGGGCUGGAUCGCAGCGCUGCCUUUCCUUAUGAAGAAGACACAAACUUGGAUUAUCACUUGCAUUUAUCUUCAACUGCUUCUAUUUAAUCCCCUCGUCAAGACCAAAGGGAUCUGCGGGAAUCGUGUGACUAAUAAUGUAAAAGACGUCACGAAAUUGGUGGCAAAUCUUCCAAAAGACUACAUGAUUACCCUCAAAUAUGUUCCCGGGAUGGAUGUUUUGCCUAGUCAUUGUUGGAUAAGUGAGAUGGUAGUACAGUUGUCAGACAGUUUGACUGAUCUUCUGGACAAGUUUUCCAAUAUUUCCGAAGGCUUGAGUAAUUAUUCUAUCAUAGACAAGCUUGUGAGCAUAGUGGACGACCUUGUGGAGUGCGUGAAAGAAAACUCAUCUAAGAAUGUAAAGAAAUCAUCUAAGAGCCCAGAACCUAGGCUCUUUACUCCUGAAGAAUUCUUUAGAAUUUUUAAUAGAUCCAUUGAUGCCUUCAAGGACUUUAUGGUGGCAUCUGAAACUAGUGAUUGUGUGAUUUCUUCAACAUUAAGUCCUGAAAAAGAUUCCAGAGUCAGUGUCACAAAACCAUUUAUGUUACCCCCUGUUGCAGCCAGCUCCCUUAGGAAUGACAGCAGUAGCAGUAAUAGGAAGGCUCUGAAUUCCACUGGAGACUCGAGCCUACAAUGGGCGGCCACGGCAUUGCCAGCAUUCUUCUCUCUCCUAAUUGGCUUUGCUUUUGGAGCUUUAUACUGGAAGAAGAAACAGCCAAAUCUUUCAAGGGCAGUUGAAACUAUACAGAUUAAUGAAGAGGAUAAUGAGAUAAGUAUGUUACAAGAAAAAGAGAGAGAGUUUCAAGAAGUGUAACUGUGGCUUGUAUCAACACUGUUACUUUCGUACAUUGGAUGGUAACAGUUCAUGUUUGCUUCAUAAAUGAAGCAGCUUUAACCCAAUUCGUAUUCUGUCUGGAGUGACAGGCCGCAUCUUUAUCUGUCCUUGCUACUCAUGACUUUACGGGGAUGAUUCAGAAAUUGGAACAGAGAGAUUUACUGUGAAACUGGCACUGAAUUAAUCGUCUAUAAAGAAGAACUUGCAUGGAACAAGACUAUUUUAAGGACCUGGGGGACUUGUGGUCUCACGUAGAACUCGCCACUGCUGUUGGAGGAGAGCGCACGGGUCUCGGCGGGCACGCGCCUUUUGCAUGGCUCCAGAAAUGUCUAAAUGCUGAAAAACUACCUUUUACUCUUCACAUACAACCUGCAGUCCGUAGUUAUCUCAGUUUCUGCAAGUUGAUUUCAGCCUGGAUAGUGGGGAAGGGGGGGGUAAUAAUUUUUCUCAAGGAGAUCAAGAAAAUAUUUUAAAAACUCAGCAGCAGCAGCCGUUCUAUGGCAUUGAAAGCAGUGGGAACUAAGGGAUUGAAGCUGGCAACGUGACAGCCUUGUAGUUGCUGAUUAACGAUGUGGUCUGAACUUGAUCUCUUCCUGAUGUAAACCAUGCUCAGCCGUAUCCC